AUGAAUAUUAUACUUCGAACAGUUUAUAAACAAACAAAAAUGACUAAACAAUGUUCAAGAUGUAUACAUGAUCAAUUAACAAAACAAAAAAAUCGUUCUAAAACUAAAAUAAUUUUAAUUCCAACAAAACAAAUAACAAGAUUUAGACGACAGAGGCAGGCAAUAGGAAGAGCCCGUCUUUCGAUGUCCGCUGAUACAUUAACAACAACCGAUAUGGUUGUUAAAGAUGAUUUAAAUUCUUCGUUAACAAAUAAUCAACAAACAGAAUCAUCAAUGAAUGGUAUUCUACAUACGGAUAAUAAGGAUAUAAAUGAAACUUCCAUUGAAGAACAAAAUGAAUCCAUAGAAAAUACUUAUAAUGAAAAUCAACAAACACCAUCAUCAUCACCGAAUAAAAAUGAUUUAGAACCAGAAGCACUUCGAAAAGUUUUUAUUGGUGGUUUAUCUUAUAAAACAGAAGAUCAAACUUUUCGUGAUUAUUUUUCGAAAUUUGGAGAGAUUGAUGAUUGUAUUAUAAUGCGUGAUCGUGAAAAUCGUUCUCGAGGUUUUGGUUUUGUUACUUAUUUAUCAUCAACAAUGGUUGAUAAAUUAAUGGCUGCACGUCCACAUGUACUUGAUUCACGUGAAAUUGAACCAAAACGUGCUAUACCAAAAGAAGAAAGUGGUAAACCAGAAUCAGCUUUAAGUGCAAAAAAAUUAUUUGUUGGUGGUAUUCGAGAAGGAACCAUUAAUGAAGAUGACCUUAAAGAAUAUUUUUCAAAAUAUGGUCAUAUUGUUCAAACUGUUAUAAUGAAAACAAAUGAAGGAAAAUUUCGUGGUUUUGGAUUUGUUGAAUUUAAUGAUUAUGAUCCGGUAGAUAAAAUUGUACUUGAAAAACAUCAUGUUAUUAAAGGAAAUCCAGUUAAUGUUGAAAAAGCUUUACCUAAAGAACAAACAAAUCGAGGUCGUAUGGGGCAAUCACAUUAUGGUGGUCCAGGUGGUAGUGGUGGCGGUGGUGGUAUGCGUGGACCAUCAUCACGAAUGAGUGGUAGUAGUGGUGCUGGCGGUGGUGGUGGAUGGGGACCGAUGAGUGGCGGAUCGAAUUUUGGUGGAGGUAGUGGUGGUUAUCGAUCAGUUGGUGGUGGCGGUGGUGGUGGUUAUGGAACUGGUGGUGAUUAUACUAAUCGACCAGCGCCAUAUGGUGGUGGCUAUGGUGGUGAUAUGGGUAGUGGUGGUAUGGUAGGCUAUGGUGGUGGAUCAGCACCUAUGGGUGGAAAUGGUUAUGGAAUGGAUGGAUCAGGUGGAGGAAAUUAUAAUGAUAGUUUUGGUACAUUUAACCAACCAUCCGGGUUUGGUUUUGGUGAGAGUUAUGGUUCAUCAUCGGGUGGUCCCAUGCGACGUGGAGGUGGUGGACGCGGCGGUGCUCCUUAUGGCCGUGGAGGUGGUGGUGGAUUUCGUGGUCGGACUCAACAAUAA